UUUUAAAUUCUCCGGCUCUCGGGCUGCCUGUCCACUCUUAACCUGUCCGUCUGCAGCGAGCGCCGCACUGCUCAGCUCUCCCAAGGACGCCUGUCCUCUACUUUAGGCGGGAGAUGCUGCUGCUCGAUUGCAACCCAGAGGUGGAUAGUCUGAAGCAUCUGCUGGAGACCGGGGCCUCCGUUAACGCACCCCCGGAUUCCUGCGAGCAGUCGCCUGUCCACUUGGCUGCAGGUGGCGGCCUUGCUUGCUUUCUUCUCUGGCAGCUGCAGACGGGCGCUGACCUCAACCAGCAGCUUCCUCAAGCAAUAAACCUCACUCAUCAACUUCCACAAGAGUGCUUUGGGGAGACUAAAAUAUGCUGUCUUGUCUGUAAGGAUGUUUUUGGAGAAGCUCCACUACACAAGGCAGCAAGAGUUGGAAGCAUGGAAUGCCUCAGCCUGCUUGUAGCCAGUGAUGCCCAAAUUGAUUUAUGUAAUAAGAAUGGGCAAACAGCUGAAGAUCUUGCUUGGUCAUGUGGAUUUCCAGAAUGUGCCAAGUUUCUUACAACAAUUAAAUGUAUGCAGACAAUAAAAUCAAGGGAACACCCCAAUAAAGAUCAUUGUGUUCAAGUGCUCACACAGAAACGAAGUUUGGGAAGUGAGGAAAAUACAAGUGGGAAAAGGAAGUGCUGCUGGUAGUUUGCUGCUGCUGCUAAGUCGCUUCAGUGGUGUCCGACUCCGUGUGACCCCAUAGAUGGCAGCCCACCAGGCUCCCCCGUCCCUGGGAUUCUCCAGGUAAUAACCCAGAAGGAACUGCUGGAUCAUAUAGUGGCUCUCUUUCUGUGGACCUGUCAAACCGCUUUCUAGAGGAACUGCAUCAUUUUACCCUCCCAUCAGCAAUGGAUGAGGAUUCCAAUCACUCUCAAA